GUAAAUUCUUUCAUCGAUUUCGUCAUCGACUUUCAUGACUGCUACGAUUUCGAGUCCCAAUUUCGUCAUGAAGAAGCUCGUAGCAGACGAGAAAGCCUUUGAAUGCUUUAAACCAUGUCCCCAUUCCAAUUCCCAAUUCAAUUCGCGUUCAGAUUCAUCACGACAUGAGCCUCACUCUGACAACUCGACUCCGAGUCACCAGUUGUCUCAUACGAACCAGCAGAACACUCACGGCAGCGCGAUUCUCCGAACCUAGAUUCCUCAAACCAACACUGAGAAUUCUUGCUGGCAUCCCCAGCACUUUUACUCCGUCAACAAACCGUAACUUCGCCAAGAUGUCCAAGAGCGUAGCCGCCGCGACACACGCCGACUUCAACCGCAACUCGCUGUUCGACCUCAAGGGCCGCGUGGCCCUCGUCACGGGCGGCGGUUCAGGCAUCGGCCUGAUGAUCACCCAGGCGCUGGCCGCCAACGGCGCCAAGGUGUACAUUGUUGGCCGCUCGGGCGAGAAGCUCGACACGGUGGUCAACACAUACAACAAGGACAUCGAGGGCGAGAUCAUCGCGCUGACGGGCGAUGUGACGUCCAAGGACGACGUGGCCCGCCUGGUGAAGGAGGUCGAAUCGCGCGAGCAGUGCCUCUGCAUUCUGGUCAAUAAUGCGGGCAUCAGCAGCAACACGGUGCAGCCCGAAUCCGGGUCGGCGGCGGAGAUGAGGGCGAACCUGUUCGACACGGACAAGACCACGGCAGAAGAUUGGCUCGAGACGUACAAGACGGACGUCGUGUCCCUCUACUUCAUGACUGCAGCAUUCCUGCCGCUGCUCCAGCGCUCCUCGGAGCGGCACCCGCACUGGUCCGGCACCGUCGUCAACAUCACGAGUAUCAGCGGGCUGGUCAAGGGCGCGCAGCACCAUUUUGCCUACAACGCCGCCAAGGGCGCCGCGAGCCACCUCACCCGCAUGCUGGCCGCCGAGGUGGCGACCGCGGGACACAAGAUCCGCAUCAACGCGCUCGCGCCGGGCGUGUUCCCCAGCGAGAUGACGGCCGACAGCAGCGACGAGUUCCAGAAGAGCCAUCUGGACAAGGAAAAAUACGAAGGCAAGGUGCCCGCGAACCGGCCGGGGCGGGACAUCGACAUGGCACAGGGCAUCUUAGCGCUCGUGUGCAACCAGUACAUUGACGGGCAGACGCUAGUUGUGGACGGAGGUUACACGUUGUCCUUGGGGCAGUGAGCAAUCGAAGAGCGGGGUGUGCCACGGGAGUAUCGGAUCGCUCGGAUGACGCGGAGGGCGAAUAUGGAGAGAAGUCCCGGUCUCAGAAGAUGUGAGUAGGCACGGUAGCCAUGCGCUUAGGGAAUCAACCGGAUUUCACAAUGCAAAGUCCUAAAUCCGACUUCGAGAUUCCAUGUCCACCCUCCCAAGAGUCGUUUUGG